AUGAGUAACGAUGAUGCGGUUGGGACACUUCGUGAACAGGUGCAGCGCCCGGGCCCUAUAACCUUAGUUGUAGCGAAAUGCUGGGAUCCCAUUCCCAGAGGCCGCUACUUUACGAUUCCUCGGCAAGAACCAGUCCGCCCCAUUGACCCCCGUGCCUGGGUCUUACACACCAACGCCAUGACAUCUGUUACAGUGGGGAAUGACCCUCAGUUGAUGCUUAACGGGUCUCCUAUGACCGGCCCUUCUUCCGGGGGGGAAUCUAGCUCGACACUGAGCCCGUCUGGAGCCGCUGACCUCACCCCAGACAUGAGUAUGGGCAUUCUCACGUCGGGCCAAACUUCAAUGCCUUUGGGUACGAGCGCGGCUGCUUACAAUAUGGCUGCGCUGCUAGCCGCCUCUCAGCAACAGCAACGGAACCGGAGAGACUCCCAUCAGCCUCCAAUGCAGCAACUCCCUCCAUCCCAUUCGCAGCUGCCUCAUCCAAACUUCUAUCCCAUUCUUAACAUGAUGUUACCCCAGGGAUACACUCAACAAGUAUGUGGUGCAUGUUCCAGUUGUUGGCGUCACUCUCAUCAUGCUCUUCUUCUGUCUUGUCACAUUGGUCAAAAUUCAAGCGUCCUUCCAUUUCUGUCUCCACAUUGUGUUUGUUCUGUGCACAGUCUGGAAAUGACGUUUUAUGCUCCUCCCUCUAAGCUGGUGCCAAUGGUCAUUUAG